AUGAAUGACGGAAGCAGCGAGCAUGCCGAUUUAGGCGACACAUUCGCGAUUCUUAAAGAGUCUGCGCGAGGGCAGUGGGACGUUGACGCCGACGAGCUGCUGCUGAAGGCAUUGAUGACGAUGCAGGCAAAGUUCUCAAUUCAUUUUAGUUCUGUACGUGACGAAGUGGAGAGUCUUUGCGUGGAUUCUCACACAGCCUCUAUUCAGCUUCAGAAUGCCAUGAAUUCCUUUGUCCUGCUCUCACAGAAGCAGUUUGUGCAAAACCGCGUCUCCGUGGAGGAUACGGACGACGAGACGGCGUCUGAGCAUACAGAAGCCGGGGAGGAAGAUUUGUCAUCCAUGGAUGGGAAAAUGACGGAAGAUACCGAGGCGAGGGUGACUCGUGUGUGCCAAGAGGCCAUCGAUCUUGGUGUCCGCAUUCUUGAGGAGCGGACGAUGCCCCUGUUCCUCGAGGAUGCGGAGCCCAAUGGCGAGCGUAACGCGCAAGACGACGACACCGACAAUAACGGAGGAGAGGGAGAGGAAGAAGAGGCGUUCUCGCGGUCUUCGGCUAAUCACUACCGGCACAGGCGUUUCGUUGCGCUUAUAGGCUCAGAAAGGUUUCUGAACGACCCGUACGCCGGCUACUUUGAGGGUCGCAACGGAGGGCCGUCUCAGUUGUCGUCGUCGUCGUCCUCCUUGUCGGACCACUCCUCCGACAGCGUGGCGGCUCCAGUGGCGAUGGCCACGCGGCGGGGACCAACGACUAGUGCAAGUACUACUGGAAUGGGAGGUGCCACACCACCCCCACCACCUCAUCAAACGCCUUUGUCGGGCAAUCCACCACCACCGCCGCCACCGCCGCCACCGCCGCCACCAAACUGGCUUGCAUCCCUACCUGGCAAACAACCACCUCUACCAGUAACAACAGCAGCUGCGAAGAACAUCGCGCUACCGCCACCACCACCCAGUAGCCUGCCGGUUGUAACGAGGGAGGACGCUUCGCCACAUCCCACCAAAACGGGUGUUGCUGCAUUCCUUGAUUCGUCUGACCGCUCGGAUGACGCAGUGACUAAGCCGGUGGUGGGUUCGCGGCCAAAUCCCGGUGCGAGUAGGGCCGGUGCAUUCGCUAAGGGGAUCGAAUCAUCCGAUUCGACCUCUGAUAACACAUCAAAAGCGCCAGGGAGGAAGAUUCCACCCAAGACUGUUCCACAACGGAAAGCGGUUACGUUCGCGGAUGACUCAAGCUCUGACAGUGACAGCAGCAAAGGCCAACCUGCUCUUCCUGUCAAGAGGGCUGCGAAGGUGCCAACCAAGACGUUGGCCACAAAUGAUUCAUCAUCAUCAUCAUCAUCAGCGUCGGAAAGGGUGCCGAGAGCUGCGCCACCGCCGCGUCCACCGGCAAAGGUCGCUCCCGUGAAAAUCGCACCAAAGGUGGUACCGCCAGUGGCAGCCCCGCGAAAGAAGGUUCCCGUCUUCUCAAGCUCUGAUAGUAUCUCGAGUGAUGAUGAGACACCUGCACCAAGGCGUGCAGUUCCACCUGCACCGUCUGUCAAAAAGUACUCUUCACUGUCUAAAGGAGCCGCACUGAAGAGAGUGGUGGGGCCCCAUACUACUUCCGCUGACACUGGGAGCAGCAGCAACACGGUGCCGCCCGUUUUGGCCGACCAAUCUGCAGCUGUGGUUCCUCCUUCUUUUCCCCCAUCUGCGGAUGCGGAUGCACCCGUCGCACCUACUUCUUCUUCACCUGCUGUUGCAGUCGCAGCGAGAAAGGAAUCCAAAGCCCCUGCCUUGGUAACAGACCGCUUGAAGGCUGCUAUUACGCUGCCAAAGCGCGGGGCCAAGGCAAUAUCGACAUCAUCCUCUGACAUGGAAGGGCCUGAAGGCGACAGACCACCCGCCUCACUACCUCGAAGUGGCCCUACCAAAACGAUAUCUCCACCUCCACCUCCACCCUCCAAUAAGGCGACGGUAAAAGCCGUGUCUCAGCUCUACAGCAGUGACACUGAGAGUGAGGUGAAUGAUAUUGUGGCUUCGCGUGCGCCUCGCAUGCCUGUGCCCAAGUUGCCACUCAGCAAACGCCGCGUGGACAGCAGCGACUCGGACGUGUGA